AUAACCUUUUUUAUGCUGCUGUCUGCUGUAUGUGUCAUGCUCAACUUGGCGGGUUCCAUUCUGUCUUGUCAAAAUGCUCAGCUAGUCAGUUCUCUUGAAGGUUGUCGUCUGAUAAAUAUUAACAGCGACGGAGUCUGCGUUUGUUGUGAAAUGCAACAUCAGACGUCUGGUUGUAGUAACCCUGGAGAAACCCUGAAACUCAAUCCUUUGCAGGAGUGCAGUGCUGUGCGAUUGACUCUUAAGGACCUGUUGUUCAGCGUGUGUGCUUUGAAUAUCAUCUCUACAAUUGUCUGUGCCUUGGCUACAGCGAUGUGCUGCAUGCAGAUGGUUUCUGCUGAUGUUCUACAACUGUUUUUACCGCACAGAGGACACUCCACCAACAUGGACUGUAUGAUGGCACAUGGGACAAUUCUUCAUCAAACCUUGGAUUUUGAUGAGUUUAUUCCACCAAUUCCACCUCCUCCAUACUAUCCACCAGAGUAUACUUGCACACCAGUCAUGGAAGUACAAAGAGGGCUUCACCUGGACUUCCCACAUUCACCUUUCAGUGCUUUGUAUGAAGUGUCCAUAAACAGUCCGGGUAUUCUGUAUCCAUCUGAGCUGCCACCUCCAUAUGAAGCUGUGGUUGGACAAACUCCUGCAAGUCAGGGGACCAGUAUAGACCAGCAGGUGACAGAAUCCAGCAUUGGGGACAGGAACACUACAGCCGGCUUCAGCACACAAGUGUCUGUGGACAGUACUUCCAUUCUGGUGUCAGAAGUAGCUGAUAUUCCUGCACUUAGCUGCUCAUCAGAAGAUCUUUGUUCUUUAGAAGUUCAAGGUUCUUUGCGUUCUGCAGAUUUUUCUCCAUAUAGCACUAUUCGUACAGCAGCUACAGGGAGUAGCUGUGCCAGCUUGGAACAUAGUCUUCGCUGUGGCCUUCAUCUCACCCAUUCGCAGUGUUCACCAGAUGAUGAUGGAAGCAGAGCAUCAACAGAUAGAUCUCAGUGGCAAGAUCUGUCCUUGGACUCUUCAUCUGAGAAUUUCAGCACCCCAGAAAGAGAUUCUCAACUAUCUACAAAGGAAAAGAAAUUGUCUCAGUCAUUGAAACCUAUAAAAAUGUGCUGUGGUGUGUUCAGCCAACCACCUGGACAAUGCCAGCCAUCACCAAGCACAUUACCAAUAAACCCAACAUCUCACUCAGGACCGAAGGAAAAGACAGCCCAGCAGCAUCAUACUAGGAGAUAUCGGAUUGCCAAUAUAGUCCGAUCUACCAGUGACCCUGUUUCCUGCUCCUCUAGUACAGAAGCUCCUUGCUCGUACCCGCACGUGACUGCCUCCGCCUGCCAGGAGACUGGAAACCAUUGUUUACUGGGAAGACAAAAAGACAACAAGAAAGGAAGUAAUCGAAUCAAGCCUAAGGCCCUAAAAAAUAUCUCAAAAGAGAGACCCAACUCUCUGGUGGACCUGAAAACAUACAAGGACACAAAGAUUUUAGUGGCUAAAUUUCUGGAACAUUCAAAUUGUCGCCUGUCACCAGAAGUGCAACAUGUUGUGAAUAGUAUUAAGUCUGUCAUCAAAUCAGAUGAGCGGCACAUGGAGGAAGCCAUCUUUAGUGCCAACAUUAUAGAUCAGGUAAUCACAAGCUCUCAGCACAGUGUCAGUAUGUCUAGAAAACGACUGCAAGAAGACCUUCACCUACGAAGCUGUGGUGCUCUCAGUUCUCCAGUGACAUUUCUACACAGGAUACAUCUAAUACGAGAAAUGGACCAUGACAGACAACAGAAUGUUAUUGGAGUCUGUAGAGAAACCAUCCUUUGA